AUGACUGGUUCCAGUCCACAGGCCGUGCUGGUAGGAGCCUGGUCUGAUGUGCCUUGAUAACACUUCAUUGAAAUUCAUAUUGCGUCCUCGGCACAUGUAAUUAUCUGUAGUCGAAACUAGGCCUGCAUCAAGCCUUAUGAGAGAGCUGUUGAUGAGUAUUAGCCUACAUCACAUAGUUUACACAUUCCUUUGAUUGGUUUAGCCUAGUCUGUGCCAUGAAAAUCCAAAUCAUGAAUGAAAUUUAAGCUAUUGGCUAUUCAGUCAAAAGCAGUAGGACUAUUGUUGGGGUAAGGUGAAACAACUGCAAGAAUGCAUAGAAUAAGAUGCCUGGUUAGUUCAAUCGAUGUUGUGAAUGCUUCUACAGUACAUUAAACUGAACUGGAUUUUAGGCGUAAUGUCAAUCUUGCGUGAUGGAAUAAUGCCGCGUUGCUUUCCCUUAACGGAUUCUCCUUGUGGGUAUAACGUCACAAACUGGGAAUGACAGUUAAAGCUCUUCUGUGAGAGGCAACUGAUCAUUAUACUAUUCCUACACUGUUGCCAAUGUUUCACGCUACACCGACCAGGUAAGCCUCCAUGCACGUUUGUUGCUUUAAGCAAUGUGUACUUGAGGAGUUUUGUCACGUGACUCAUUUCAGUUAGCCUAACUCGACUCUCUCUCUCCCUCUCCCUCUCCCUCUCCCUCUCCCUCUCUCCUCCACAGCAAAUGGUGAUGAGCCUGCGCGUGUCAGAGCUGCAGGUUCUGCUAGGUUACGCGGGCCGCAACAAACACGGGCGAAAACAUGAGCUCUUGACCAUGGCCCUGCAUCUCCUGAAAGCCGGCUGCAGCACCGCCGUGCAGAUGAAGAUCAAGGAACUCUACUGCAGACGCUUCCCCACAAAGAUGGUCUCUCCCUCAGAGCUGGCCCUGCCCGGACCACACUACCCUGCCUCGGGAGGUGUGGCCGGAGGAGGGGGCACCGCCGCCCUGCCUGCCGGCCUCAGCCAGCUGGCGUACGAGGGCCAUGGGCACGGGGGAGUACCCUCGCCAGCCGCCCUGCUGCCCAUCUCGUUGCUGGGGCCCGGCAAGCACGAGCUCAGCGGGCUGACGCACCACCUGCCCACCUCGGCCACCCUGCACCCGGUGCACCCAGACGUCAAGCUGCAGAGGCUGCCCUUCUACGAUAUGCUGGACGAGCUCAUUAAGCCCACCAGUCUAGGUAAGGAUGGCUGGUGUCUGUGGGUGGUUGGUGUCUGUGGAUUGGUAUAGGAGGUAGGGUUGCAAAACUACCGGUAAUUUACCAAAGUUACCGGAAUCUUCAGUAAUUUUGGUAAUUAAACAGAUAAAUAUAUGUCAAUCUAUGGUAACUUUGGUAAUGAACACUUGAAUAACUUUUUUAUGUAUUCAUAUAUAGUAUUAAAAAAAAAAAUAUUGUCCAUGAGUUUCUAGUAGAUGGACCAUAUGGUUAAAGCGAAAAUAGCCUAAUUCAUGGAAAACGUAUCUAAUCAACAAUGGCAUUAUGUUUCAUUAACUCUGCCACCAGUUUGGCGCCAAAACAUUUACAACAAUGAAAUAUUGGCAUAGUAAAGUAAAUAAGUGUGUAAUUAAUAAAUAAAUAUAUAUAUAUAUAUAUACACAGUGCUAUGAAAAAGUAUUUGCCCCCUUUCUAAUUUUCUCUACUUUUGCAUAUUUGUGAUACUGAAUGUUAUCAGAUCUUCAACCAAAACCUAAUAUUAGAUAAAGGGAACAUAAGUGAACAAAUAACACAACAAUUAAAUAUUUAUUUCAUUUAUUUCAUAAACAAAGUUAUGCAACACCCAAUUCCCCUGUGUGAAAAAGUAAUUGCCCCCUUACACUCAAUAACUGGUUAUGCCACCUUUAGCUGCAAUGACUCCAACCAAAUGCUUCCUGUAGUCUCUCACGUCGCUGUGGAGGAAUUUUGGCCCACUCUUCCAUGCAGAACUGCUUUAACUCAGUGACGUGUGGGUUUUCAAGCAUGAACUGCUCGUUUCAAGUCCUGCCACAACAUCUCAAUAGGGAUUAGGUCUGGACUUUGACUAGGCCAUUCCAAAUCUUCCAAUUUGUUGCUUUUUAGCAAUUUUCAUGUAGACUUGAUUGUGUGUUUUGGAUCAUUGUCUUGCUGCAUGACCCAGCUGCGCUUCAGCUGCAGCUGACAGACGGAUGGUCUGACAUUCUCCUGUAGAAUUCUCUGAUACAGAGCAGAAUUCAUGGUUCCUUCUAUUAAGGCGAGUCGUCCAGGUCCUGAGGCAGCAAAGCAUUCCCAAACCAUCACACCACCACCACCAUGCUUGACCUUUGGUAUGAUGUUCUUACUGUGGAAUGCAGUGUUUGGUUUUCGCCAGGCAUAAUGGGACCCAUCUCGUCCAAAAAGUUGACUCAAGUUUGCCUAAAAGCACCUGGAUGAUCAUCAAGACUCUUGGAAGAACGUUCUAUGGACAGAUGAUUCAAAAGUAUAACUUUUUGGACGAGAUGGUUCCAGUAAUGCCUGGCGAAAACCAAACUCUGCAUUCCACAGUAAGAACAAGCUUGAUGUGAAUGGGAGGUGGAUUGGUUGUGUAGCUUGAUGUGGAUGGGAGGUGGAUUGGUUGUGUAGCUUGAAUGUGGAUGGGAGGUGAAUUGUUUGUGUAGCUUGAUGUGGAUUGGUUGUGUAGCUUAAUGUGGAUGGGAGGUGGAUUGGUUGUAUAGCUUGAAUGUGGAUGGGAGGUGAAUUGGUUGUGUAGCUUGAUGUGGAUGGGAGGUGGAUUGGUUGUGUAGCUUGAAUGUGGAUGGGAGGUGAAUUGGUUGUGUAGCUUGAUGUGGAUUGGUUGUGUAGCUUGAUGUGGAUGGGAGGUGGAUUGGUUGUGUAGCUUGAAUGUGGAUGGGAGGUGAAUUGGUUGUGUAGCUUGAGGUGAAUUGGUUGUGUAGCUUGAGGUGGAUUGGUUGUGUAGCUUAAUGUGGAUGGGAGGUAGAUUGUGCGUAAAGUUGCAGAGGCUUAUAAAGGCUUAUGAAGCCCAUCAGCCAGGAUGUGUUUGGGAGGCCCUGUGUUAUGGGACUUAAAGUGGAACUGACAGCGUUUUAACUACGUUGCAGAUAUGAAACAGACUAUCAUAAUAUCAGUCAAAAAUAUCACAGUUUAUGCUACAAAACCAACUUAAUAAGAGGUUUAAAAAAUACGUUCUAUUUUACUCAAAAUUCCAUGACGUACAGUAAGGCAUUGUUGGCAGAAUAGAUGGAUGCAGUUCAAUGCAUGAUUCAUAUAAUUCACCAAUACAUUUAUUGGUAGUCCAACACAUAUUGCUAUCAGGUUGUAAAUCACAGCUGGCCUGGUACAUUCUUUGCUGCCUCCAGCCAUUUGGGAUGCAUUGUUUCAGUUUCAAUGACUCAAUAUCUUGGACAAAAACGGACGAAAGUAAGGCUGGGAAUGUCAAUACAAUCAAACUAGCGAAGGCGUCACAAGUCAGUCAUAACGUGGCUAAUAGGCUAGCUUAUCUAUUCAUGUAGCUAUUUAUUUAGCAAGCUAAAAACACAGAGCCUAGCUAGCUGCUGGAAGGAUGUCAUGUGAUUGGACGGACGAGUGGGUGAGUGGCCGACUUCUUCCACCCGUAUCGUUUUUCGGUUCUACUGCUAGAGAUUCAGGUGUCAUUUGGUUAGCUAGCAAGAAAUGUGACUCACUUUGCUAUCUAGCUAUCUAUGCUGAACUUUAUAAGUCUGUUAUCCACAGUUAGCAUAUAUCUUAGUUGUCAAUUAAAUGUAUUUGGCAUCGAUCAAAUGGGUGGGUAGGCAGGCAAGUUCCCAUUCAGUUGUCAAAACAUGGGUUGGGACCAGCAUGCAUUGGCAGGCAAGCUGUAGAAGGACGAACAGGCUACUAUUCCUCAUCGUUUAUCAGUGCAAUUUUGACAGACAACUACAAGCUGAAAAAGUUUGAGAGGGUUUAUCUACUGUUUCCUCGUUAGAUUUUAGCUCAUCUCGCUCUGGCUAGCAAUAGUUGUUGAUCUUAUAGGCAACUUGAGGGAGAGCGAGCCUGUUCAUGGUUGUUUGAUCAAUUGGACUGUAAAGUUCCCAAAUGUAAGAGGACUCCCGACUUUUGGCGAAUGCUUUCUAAUGAUCUAAAGUCACACGGUUGCUACUGCCUGUAAACACACAGUCCAGUUCAAAGUGAAUGAUGGCAGCAGGCCCGUGUGGCAAAUGGCUUAUUUGCAUAUAUGCCUAAUGUAGCUCUGAUUGGCUAUGGCGCUCCAGUCUGUUUAGUCUGGGCCUGGAGAAUAGGUUUUAUUUACUGCAGUGUCUAUUAAUUGUGCAAACGCAUGGCCGCUUUCCCACUAUAUUGCUAUAGAAUUUUCACAAAUGCCAAACUCUACGUCAUUCCCAAACAUUAUAUAAAAGUGUGAACAUCUGAAAAUGAUCAUAUCUAUGUGCCUAUCAGAAAAUGUAAAAGAAGGUGUCAUAUUCUUCCUGGGGGCGUAUAUGAAAAUACUGUCAGUUCCACUUUAAUAUAAUCAUGCAUCAUGCAUAAUGCACUACCAACUGAGCCAUACAGGACCAUACAGGACCAUACAGGACCAUACAGCCAUAUUUCUUGGCCUAAUGUGCUAUACAUCCUGUCUUUCUAAGUAACCUCUUUAUAAUUCACAACUUGCGCAAAUGCAUCUCGACACUGCUCUUUAUUUUAAUAAGAUGUCCAGUUUUAUUAUGUAUGCAACUGAUGCAUCACACCCCCACUGCACCUUGUAUGAUAAAACACCUCUCCAUACAACCUGCACCAACUUCACUGCAAAUAUAUGGAAAUGUCCACAUUUUCCUACAUUAGCAUUUUGUUUGAGUAAGAUGCCGGACUGUGAUUAAUUAACCUCUGGUUGCAAUGUACAAACACCCUGCCCACAGCACUGUCAUCCUGCCCUCUCGCUCCUCUCUCCAUCUCUCUCCUAUUGACAUGCUGUAUGGUGUGGUGAAAUCCUGCAGCCAUACACCUGUGCCUGCAAAACCCCUCCCCCCAUCAUUUGAAUAGGCACAUACAGUGGGGGGAAAAAAGUAUUUAGUCAGCCACCAAUUGUGCAAGUUCUCCCACUUAAAAAGAUGAGAGAGGCCUGUAGUUUUCAUCAUAGGUACACGUCAACUAUGACAGACAAAUUGAGAGAGAAAAAAUCCAGAAAAUCACAUUGUAGGAUUUUUAAUGAAUUUAUUUGCAAAUUAUGGUGGAAAAUAAGUAUUUGGUCACCUACAAACAAGCAAGAUUUCUGGCUCUCACAGACCUGUAACUUCUUCUUUAAGAGGCUCCUCUGUCCUCCACUCGUUACCUGUAUUAAUGGCUCCUGUUUGAACUUGUUAUCAGUAUAAAAGACACCUGUCCACAACCUCAAACAGUCACACUCCAAACUCCACUAUGGCCAAGACCAAAGAGCUGUCAAAGGACACCAGAAACAAAAUUAUAGACCUGCACCAGGCUGGGAAGACUGAAUCUGCAAUAGGGAAGCAGCUUGGUUUUAAGAAAUCAACUGUGGGAGCAAUUAUUAGGAAAUGGAAGACAUAAAAGACCACUGAUAAUCUCCCUCGAUCUGGGGCUCCACGCAAAAUCUCACCCUGUGGGGUCAAAAUGAUCACAAGAACGGUGAGCAAAAAUCCCAGAAACACACGGGGGGACCUAGUGAAUGACCUGCAGAGAGCUGGGACCAAAGUAACAAAGCCUACCAUCAGUAACACACUACGCCGCCAGGGACUCAAAUCCUGCAGUGCCAGACGUGUCCCCCUGCUUAAGCCAGUACAUGUCCAGGCCCGUCUGAAGUUUGCUAGAGUGCAUUUGGAUGAUCCAGAAGAGGAUUGGGAGAAUGUCAUAUGGUCAGAUGAAACCAAAAUAUAACUUUUUGGUAAAAACUCAACUCGUCGUGUUUGGAGGACAAAGAAUGCUGAGUUGCAUCCAAAGAACACCAUACCUACUGUGAAGCAUGGGGGUGGAAACAUCAUGCUUUGGGGCUGUUUUUCUGCAAAGGGACCAGGACAACUGAUCCGUGUAAAGGAAAGAAUGAAUGGGGCCAUGUAUUGUGAGAUUUUGAGUGAAAACCUCCUUCCAUCAGCAAGGGUAUUGAAGAUGAAACGUGGCUGGGUCUUUCAGCAUGACAAUGUUCCCAAACACACCGCCCGGGCAACAAAGGAGUGGCUUCGUAAGAAGCAUUUCAAGGUCCUGGAGUGGCCUAGCCAGUCUCCAGAUCUCAACCCCAUAGAAAAUCUUUGGAGGGAGUUGAAAGUCUGUGUUGCCCAGCGACAGCCCCAAAACAUCACUGCUCUAGAGGAGAUUUGCAUGGAGGAAUGGGCCAAAAUACCAGCAACAGUGUGUGAAAACCUUGUGAAGACUUACAGAAAACAUUUGACCUGUGUCAUUGCCAACAAAGGGUAUAUAACAAAGUAUUGAGAAACUUUUUUUAUUGACCAACUACUUAUUUUCCACCAUAAUUUGCAAAUAAAUUCAUUAAAAAUCCUACAAUGUGAUUUUCUGUAUUUUUUUUUCACAUUUUGUCUGUCAUAGUUGACGUGUACCUAUGAUGAAAAUUACAGGCCUCUCUCAUCUUUUUAAGUGGGAGAACUUGCACAAUUGGUGGCUGACUAAAUACUUAUUUUCUUCACUGUAUAUACACACACACACUCCCUCCACACAAACUCUCACAAAACCUCAUAAAAACAUAUAGCCAUCCAAAUAAAUAAUGCAUGUCAAUCACAUAAGUGUCCCUCAGGCACAGAAAGAAGAGCCUAAGGUAGUGAAUGUAGCUUCUUUCAGUCAUUGAAGAGCUGAUUCCUUCCCCUGAAUGGUGUGGUAAUGAAUGAUCCACAGCCCUAGUUUUGAGGAGAUGACCCUCUUUACCCUAAUAAUAAUGGCAGGACAGUAAUGAAGCAGCUUGAUUAAUUAAUUUGCCUUCCCAGGCAGAUUGAGGGACUGAGGGGAGCCUCUCUCUCGCUUUCUCUGUCUUUCUCUCUCUCUCUUUCUCUAGCGCUAUUCCUCUCUCUUCCCCUCUCUCUCCCCCCCCCCCCCCUCUCUCUUUUCAUCUCUAGCGCUAUUCCUCUCUAUUCCCCUCUCUCUCUUCCCCCCCCUCUCUCUCUUCAUCUCUAGCUCUAUUCCUCUCUCUCCCCCCUCUCUCUCUUUUCAUCUCUAGCUCUAUUCCUCUCUCCCCCUCUCUCUUUUCAUCUCUAGCUCUAUUCCCCUCUCUCUUUCUGUUAAUCUCUAGCUCUAUUCCUCUCUCUCCCUCUCUCGGUCUGUCAUUAGCUCUCCCUUAACCCCACCCCUCUCUGUUUAUUGCUAGUUAUCUUGCCCACCCCUCCCCGACUCUAUCUCUCUCCCUCUGUCUAUCAUUAGCGCGCUCUCUCUCUCCGUCUCACUCUUGUGUUCCCUGAUUAUCAUUGGCUCUGUUUCCCUCCCCUUCUCUCUCACUCUCUCACUCUGUUUAUCUCUAGCUGACUUGCCCUCCCCCUCUCUGGCUGUGCCUCUCUCCUCUCCCAUCCCCCACUCUCUCGCUCACCCAUCCCCCACUCUCUCUCUCUCUCUCCCCCUCCCUCUCCCUCACUCUACCCACUCCCUCCCUCCCUCUCCCUCAAUCAAUUAAAUUCACUCUCUCUCUUCCCUCCCUCACUCUACCCAUAACCUCCCUCCCUCCCUCUGUCCUCUCCCUCACUCUACCCAUGCCCUCUCUCCCUCCCCCCCUCUCUCUCUCCCUCCCUCCCCCUCUCUCUCUCCUCUCCCUCCGCUCUCCAGUCAGUGCAGCAGCCUGUUCUCCUGUUGAAGGCCUGUAA